AUGGCUUCAACUACUAUUGAGAAAGAAGAUGUGGCAGUUGUCAACGACAAGGCUAUUCAAAUCCAACAUGUGGAUGCCGUCAAACCUCACUCCGAACCCAUCGCCACUGGCAAAGGUGCAGUCAAUGCACUUUUGAUCCUUGCGUGUAUAGCGUUUGGAUCGGCUUCGUUUCUGUUCGGGUACGAUGACAAGGUCAUAUCGCCGAUUGCAGCUUUGAAUGCUUUUGUAGAAGAUUUCCAAGGUCCAGACCUUGCGAAAGGAGCUCUAGCUCUAACAGCUCGCAAUCAAGAUCUGGUAUUCUCCGUUCCUCUGGUCGGAUCCAUAAUUGGCGGUUUAGCAGCUUCGCCAUUAAAUAAUCGCCUGGGUCGUAAAUGGACGCUCAUCGGUGCAUAUGUCUUCUCGCUUGGGGGGGGAUUCCUACAGCUUUUCGCUCGAAACCUCGCUACUUUUGUCAUUGGACGGUUCUGGAAUGCAGCUGUCAUUGGAAUUGCAAAUGCAACCGCACCGCUGUACAUGUCAGAAGUAGUGCCUCCAUCUAUGAGAGGUCGGAGUGUGACGUCUAUCAAUAUCUUGUCCCUGUUAUCCGGUGUUGUGUCAACGGUUAUUGUCAAUGGAACGCACACCUUGGACGGUCGAAAACAAUAUAUGAUCCCGCUUGCAGUCCAGUGCGCACUCCCCGUCCUCCUACUCCUACUUACAAUCGGUCUACCGGAGAGUCCGCAAUGGCUCGUCAGCAAAGGUCGAAUGGAAGAAGCUCGCCACAACCUUCGCAAACUACGAGGUUUCUCGGACUGGGAAGUAGACGAUGAGCUCCGCGUCAUGAGAAUGUGUGAAGAGAAUGAACGAGCCCUUACUUCCGACGUGCGUUUCUGGGAGAUAUUCAACCGACAGAAUCUCAAGCGCACUCUCACCGCGGGGUCGUUUUAUUCUCUCAAUCAGAUUUCUGGUAUCAUCCUCUCGACUACGUACACGACGGUCUUCCUCACUCAGCUCGGUGUUGGCAAUCCGUUCACAUUCACCGUCAUCGCGUCUUGCUGUACCUUAGCUGGAACCAUGACUGCGCCACUCGUCAUUGAUCGCGUCGGUCGACGUCCUACAGCCUUUGUGGGAAUGAGUAUACUUUUGAUCAUAGACAUUGCGGCCGGCGCACUCGCCUUCAACACAAGUAACAAAAACUCCGCUCUCACUAUCGCCGCCCUGGGCUUCGUUUUCAAUUUCUUCUGGGGCGCUGGCUUUUACUCUCUAUCCGCUUUGAUGCCGUCUGAGAUUGCUACUCCAAAGCUCCGUAAUCACACAAUGGCAUAUACAAUUGCAUGUGCUCAAACGACUGCUGUGAUUACCACAUUUGCCGUGCCACAAUUGACCUCUGCCGAUGCUGCGAACCUCGGUGCAAAGACUUAUCUUGUUUUUGCAGGCUGCAUGGCUUGUGUUUUGGUGAUUGUUUAUUUCUUUAUGCCGGAGACCAAGGGUCGCACUUUUGCGGAGGUGGAUGAGAUGUAUGAUGCUGGAAUUCCGAUGUGGAAAUGGCGCAAUUAUCAGACUACGACGGCGGCUAAGCAGAUGAAGGUGGUUGAUGUGAUUUCGAAGGUGUGAGUAGGUAUCGUCGACCCGAAUAGGUAGCCCAGCUGUCAUAUUGCCUACCA